UUCCUGGGGAAUACCUGUGCUCCAAGCAAGCCACUAUUUCCAAAGUAAUAUAGUGCAGGGACAACUAGUGGCCAUCAAAGAGAUAAUGUAUGUCCACUGGCUUCUUCUUUCUUACACGAGGCAUGAAGCAUAAUUUUCUUUAGUUGUUCAUUUGGAGGGUGGACGUGAAGUAAUUGUUUGUAUGGGCCUAACUAGAUGGCUGGGAAUCCUAACGCAGGGAGCAUCUUGAAGGGAACUUUCACUGGAGGACUGCUCUUGAUAAAUUAACUGAACACUGGCUAGGGAGGUCAAGUGAGAUAUAUUUUUAGAGAGAAUUAAUAUACGACAUAUUUGAAACUGCUACAGGUAUGCGAAUGAUGCACACUUACUUUCGCAUCGGAGGAGUAGCCGCUGAUCUACCUUAUGGAUGGAUCGAGAAAUGUAUAGAUUUCUGUGAUUUUCUGAAAUCCGAAUUUCUGAAAAAUGGGUAGGAUAAACAUUAAACAUGCAACUGAAAUGACAAAACCUGAAAUAAAGUAACCUUCGAUUGGUGUUUCAACAGUAAAAGGUAAACUUCACUUUUACACUCGUCGUUUCUGCUGGGGAAAGGAUAAUUAGAACAAGACGAGGUCUGUCAAGUAGGCCAGAAAUGCAGAUACACAUCAACAGAUGUACCUAACAUGUAUUUGCCUUGCCAAUUUGGUAGUACAUGCAGCUUCUUUUCUUUCUUGGCUCUUUCCUCCCCCACUUUCCACCAGCAUGUCCUCCACCAAAGCUGAGAGAUUGCUCGCUGUGGUCUGUUCUUUUCUCUAUGUGCAGAUCACCAGUUGCCGCUUUCAUCAAUGCAAAUGUACGGAAGAAACAAGGUCAUACACUUUGCCAUCAAUGUCAGGAUUGUUCAUUUCCCUAAAUUUUAGGGACAGUGCAGUAGCAAUAUUGGUGUCCCGCGACAAAUAGGCUGGAUGUGCAAGUUGUACCACGAGUCUGCCAAGUCAUGUGUGUUAUCUGCUGCUGUCGUUUGCAAGUUGCCUAGCAGAUUUGAUCAUUUGUUGUUAAGCAAAAAGUAUUAAAGCCUGCAGAAAUGAGGAACCCUCCCCUUUUGAGCUGUGUUGGCUGCUUUAGAUACAACUUUCAUGGAUAGAAUUUACUUGUCAAGAGCCAAGCCAACAGUAGUUUCUUUGAAAAAUCAGCAGGCUGGAAAGGAAUGUGUCAGAAUUGAGAGACAACUAUGUUCAUAGAUAGUACUGGUAGCUUGUUCUUUUCUGGCCAGUUGUUCAGUUGAACUGUUCAUGUUUCGCUUUACCUGCUUCUUGCUUGUGAUAUACACUCCUGCUUUUUCCAACAUAGAACACUAUUCUUGAUGAGCUAGGCAUGGUGUCUCUAAGCAAAUGGCCUUCUGUUUCAGGAACCAAGGUAGCCAUGAAGCUGGGCUUUUUCUGUGAGCACUGCGAUCUUAUUCAUUCUUGUAUGAUUGCACCAGCCAUGCAAAUGUUUCUAAAAGGCUCCAUAUGAGUACUUUCUUAUAUUCAUAGUUGAUUGUAUUUUACAUAACUUCUAAGUAGAUAAGUUUUAUCAUGUUAUUCCUAUUGGUCUUAGCUGCGAAUUUGUUGUGCUCGAGUAAAAAGAUCUGAAUCCUAGAGAUAGGAAUACACUGAAUGUGAGUGCACACCAGAUUUUCCUGUUGAUACAGUUGGCUUUUCUCUUUAACAGUGGUCCCAGUUCUUGUAUGGUUAUCCUAUCUCUGUUGAUGUUACAUCAUGUUUUUGGUCUUUGGUGAAACGAUCCACAGAGCAACAUGCUAAGUGGCUGUCUGCCUCUUGCAAACUGAGAGAACGAUUGGCCUUCUCAGGUGGGUCUUGUUUGGUUGUCUCUAGUCCCUACUUCAGUAGUAGUAGUAGUAUUCUUCUUCUCAGAACCUACUAUUGUCUUUGAAAAUGACUUUAGGCCAUAGACCAGUUCAAGGUCCAGGCUUGGACUAUUCACGUUUCGGGUUUCAAAUUAGUUUCUUUUUCAUAAUUUUCUUGCAAAACAAAAUAUAUUUUUCUUAAUAUAUUAUUAUAGGUUUCAAGCUGGAUCUGCGGGCCAAAUACUUGGACCCAAGUUCCAUUCGGAGCCUCAAAAGGCUGGACAGGCAGCCAUGAACAAGUCUGAAGUGCAGCAGCACCUGUAUAGAAUAUGAACAACUUUAUGUAUGUGUGGUCAGUUGCAGAGUGCAGUUGCCGCAAUACAUCACUAUGAAUGGAUAAUAUAGCUAAUCCUGUCUUUGUAAUAUCACUAUAUUUGUGAAUCCUUCUAAGUUUGCAGGUUGUAUGGCUGUGUGCUUCAGGCCACUGUUGCUGAUGCCGAGUGGGACUGUUAGAUAAGACAAUGCAUUUCACUCAAAGUUUCCCGGAGACAACAACACGGGUGCUAGGUUUAUUCCUUAUAACUUUACUCCCAAUUGAAUUGUGCCUCAAGAAUUUUGUGCGUGUGAGAUAUGCCGUACAUUGAUGUGGCUGUCUGUUGCAUAGCUGUCUGGUUUUAUGCAGGAGCACAUUCGUGCUACUGUAUUAUCCCUUAAAUUUUGGGUGGAGGAAAUAUCUCCAUGGUUGAUAAACAAAGCGUAAUACAUGGUUUCCUUUAGCUUGUUAAUUAGUUAUCAGUUAUCACUCCCAAGGGAUAAUGAUGUUUGCAAUGCUGCUGCAAGGAGCUGAUGAACCUUAUCAGUUAUCACUCCUAAGUGAGCUGCACAUGGAGAAAAGAUCGGAUCAGACAGUCCAAGUGAUUAUCUCAGCUUUGAUGGAAGAACAUGCAUGGUGGAAGGUGUGGGCGGAAAGGUGUCCGCCGUGGACAGGAAGGAAGCUGCUUGUACUCCCAACCUAACAAGGCAGAUCCAUGUUAGCCUGUUAGGAUUGCAGUGAGAUCUUGUCUCCUAUUAUUAAUCCAUGAUUCCAUCUUAUAGACAAGAACAGCCAAGCCAAGUCCAGGAUGAGUCGGGAGACGAAGGCGUUGUCUCCCGAGCAGUAUUACUCUCAUCACACUCGAGUGUCCCUUCCCUCCAUUCCUGCAGCUCAUGCCACUACCAGUGCGUCUCUACACUGAGGGGCCACUCCUCCUAUGUGUCUGGCCUCGCCGUCGAUGGCGACGCGCUCUACGUCGCCUCAUCGGACGGACACAUCAGGCUGUGGCCAUUGGACAUGGACGCGACCAUGAAACAGGACGACCAGCCCGGAGACUCUGUUGUGGCCAUCACCAGUAGCUCCAUAAAGUGCCUUAUGGUCACCGGCGAUGGUCUUGUCAGCUCCCACCAGGACGGCAAGAUCAGGGUGUGGCAGCAGGCCAGGCGGCGGAGCAGCGGGGGUUAUCACCACCACCUCACCCUGCACGCCGUGCUGCCGACGACCGCCGACUGCCUGCGCACGUUCCUGUUCCCCAAGAACUACGUGGAGGUCCGGCGGCACAGGAGGUGCACCUGGGUGCACCACGUGGAUGCGGUCACCGCGCUCGCGGUGUCCCCGGACGGCGCACACAUGUACUCCGUGUCCUGGGACCGGAGCCUCAAGGUGUGGCGUGUGCCUGGCCUCCGCUGCGUGGAGUCCGUGGCGCCGGCCCACGACGACGCCAUCAACGCCGUUGCCGUGUCGGCCGACGGGUGCGUCUACACCGGUUCGGCCGACAGGACGAUCAAGGCCUGGAGGCGCCACCCGGGGCAGAAGAACCUCACGCUGGUCGGCACCAUGGAGCGGCACAGCUCCGCGGUGAAUGCGCUGGCGGUAGGCGCCGGCGGGCAGGUACUGUACUCCGGCUCGUGCGACCGGUCCGUUGUCGUGUGGGAGGCCGACGCCAUGGGGGCCAUGGUGGCCAUGGACACGCUCAGGGGGCAAACCGAGGCGGUGCUGUGCCUGGCCGCCGCCGGGGCAAUGGUGUGCAGCGGGUCGGCUGACAGGACGGUGAGGGUGUGGAGGAGGCGGGGAGCCGGCGAGGGGUACUCCUGCUUGGCCGUCCUGGACGGCCAUGGCGCCGCCGUGAAGAGCCUGGCAUUGGUGUUGAUGGAUGGACUGCCUGCAGGAGGCGAUCACGGGCACGGCUGCUCGUGCAAGGACGAGAGCUCGCCAGCGUGUGGCUCCUCCGCUCUUGUUUGCAGCGGUUCGUUGGACUGUGAUGUGAAGAUUUGGAGGGUGACUUGAUUUUAGCCCAAAUUUACCUUUCCAAAAAAUUGUAUUGCAAAUAUUUUAGCUAAGGUUAAUAUUGGCUAAAAAUAUAAGAAAACUGGUCAUGGAUUAUUACCUGGCUAAUAUUUUGGCAAUCAUCUAAACAAGAGGCAAAAAUCUGGUCAUGGAUUGGCUUUGGUUAUAAAUCAAACACAUUCUAGUUUUUGCUGCAAGUACAACCAUGUGCUCACGGAGGUCUGCUGGCUUCUCCAACCAGUUCGUGGGAAGUACUAUCAUUUUUAUUUCAUGAAUGUUACAGGUGAUUCAUGUA